UGUUCCAAACCACGUGGACGCGUCGGGGGCCGCCGUGGUCCCUGUCGCGUUCCCAGCUCCCGGCCCUCCGCGGACUGCGCGCACAUGGCGACCCAGGCGCACUCCCUCAGCUACGCGGGGUGCAACUUCUUGCGCCAGCGGCUGGUCCUGUCCACCCUGAGCGGGCGCCCGGUCAAGAUCCGGAGGAUUCGGGCCAGGGACGACAACCCGGGCCUUCGAGAUUUUGAAGCAAGCUUUAUAAGGCUGUUGGACAAAUUAACUAAUGGUUCUCGAAUUGAAAUCAACCAAACGGGAACAUCCUUGUAUUACCAGCCUGGCCUCCUGUAUGGCGGGUCUGUGGAGCAUGACUGCAGUGUUCUCCGUGGCAUUGGCUAUUACCUCGAGGCUCUGCUCUGCCUGGCUCCAUUUAUGAAGCACCCAUUAAAAAUCGUCCUGCGAGGAGUGACCAAUGACCAGGUUGACCCUUCGGUUGAUGUUCUUAAAGCAACAGCACUCCCUCUAUUGAAACAGUUUGGGAUUGAUGGCGAGUCAUUUGAGCUAAAGAUCUUGCGACGGGGAAUGCCUCCUGGCGGAGGAGGUGAAGUGCUUUUCUCGUGCCCUGUAAGGAAGGUCCUGAAGCCCGUUCAGCUCACAGACCCUGGGAAAAUCAAGCGAAUCAGAGGGAUGGCGUACUCAGUGCGCGUAUCCCCUCAGAUGGCAAACCGGAUUGUGGACUCUGCCAGGAGCAUCCUCAACAAAUUCAUACCCGACAUCUAUAUUUACACAGAUCACAUGAAAGGCGUUAACUCUGGCAAGUCUCCAGGCUUUGGAUUGUCACUGGUGGCAGAGACUACCAACGGUACCUUCCUGAGCGCUGAACUGGCCUCUAAUCCCCAGGGCCAGGGAGCCGCAGUUCUUCCUGAGGACCUCGGCAGGAACUGUGCGAAGCUGCUGCUUGAAGAAAUCUACAGGGGUGGAUGUGUGGACUCGACCAACCAAAGUCUAGUUCUGCUGCUCAUGACCCUUGGACAGCAGGACGUUUCCAAAGUGCUGCUGGGACCACUCUCUCCCUACACGAUAGAAUUUUUGCGGCACUUGAAGAGCUUUUUCCAGGUUAUGUUUAAAAUUGAAACAAAGCCGUGUGGUGAAGAACUCAAGGGUGGGGACAAAGUGCUGAUGACCUGCGUUGGUAUUGGCUUCUCUAACCUCAGCAAGACUCUCAAGUGACACUGUCGCAACAUAAGGCUCCGUUGUGUAUGGAUGAAGCAGAAGCUGCGAAGGACCAAAGGGACAAGUCCAGAUAUGACCAUCCUGGACAGGACAGCCUCGUAACACUGAGGGCUGAAUUACUAAUUUACCACUGAAAAUACUGAUGUGCAGAUAAAAGACAUCUCUACCAUGUGACCUCCAGCUGCUUCUCCAGUGACAGUGGCAUUCCUUAGAUGCCCACGCUGUGAGCCUCCCAACUCACCUGGAGGAGGGGCCCUCAGGAAGCAGUCAUGCUGCCAGAACACUCCUGUGUCUUUGGACUGUGGUUUUAUGCAGGAUUAAUGCUGCAGUGAGUGUGGAAGCCCUCUGUUGAUCGCGACAAACCCUGAGAAUGCUGGGAGCUGGGGCAUUUGUUUAUCUCUUGUCUUGUGAACAAGUUGUGUGGGCACAUGCUGAACUUCAUCUGGUACACUGUGUUUGCAAGGUUGGGAUGGGGAGGACAGUUAUGGGUGUCUUUAGAGGUUUUAUGUGUCCCAGAUAUGGCAUAAAUUUUGUUUUUAUUCUUCUAAUAUCACUAGAGUAUAAAUUAUUUCCGUAAGAAAAUUCAAAAGGAUUUUUUGUUUGAUGUUUAUAAUGCAAAAGCUUUAGACCUGGUUUAAGGCCAUCACAAGCAGGGUCUGGGAUUUUCCUACUUUAAGCUAAUAUUCCUGUUUCAUGGAAGCCAGCAGAGUCCUAGCUGUCAAAGUCCUGGGUCAGAGACAGAACUUUAUAGCAUAACAGGCAGCAUAAAUAUAUUUCAACUGGUGUUUCUUACUGCCAAAUCCUGCUGUAGAAGGAGGGGUUUAGGCAGGUGUGUGUGCAGUAAAAUUUGCAUCACAGGCAAGGAACACGGAUGCUGAGGACUUUUCUUUUUCUUAGCAAGUCUGUUCUUUAUUCCACUGAAAAGACCUUCACCCCUCAAGACUGCUUACUGCUUACUGCACAGUUUUGAGAAGGGACUUAGGCAGAGACCAAUGAGAAUGUGCAGGGGUCCCAGGACCAUGGCAGAUCCCCCACCCCCAUCAGUAGAUUCUGUAUGUGGCAUGUCCAUGGUAUGGGACCAGUGGUGCUCUCCCUCUUGGGACAGGCUUCAGUAGUCAGGGUGGCCUUGGCCUCGCUCUUCUUUCUCAGGAUCCUUUCCUUUUCAUUGAAAGGGCAAUGUCCUUUGCUGCUGACUGAAGACGCAGAGCUGGAGAUCGGACCUUGAGGAACACCACCAGGACAUUCUGGGCGAGGCCCUGAGCCCAGAGUUGUACAUGUUAUAGUCGUGUUCUGUUGGUGCAUAACGGUUUACAACAGUACUUGCUUGCCCUCCCAGAGUUGGUAGGUCAGCAGUGUGGCAGGCGCGGCUAGCGUCCCUACGGGAUAUCUCACAAGGUGGUUGUCAGGGUGUCAGCCCCUCAGGCUCUCAUUUGAAGGCUCUGGAGAAAAGUGCAGAUUUCAGGGUGUGGGACUGACGUCCAUUUCUCCUCUGGCUGCUGCCAACACCUUGAACCUGUGAAGCUCUGCCAGCAUUCCCUUUCUCUUGACCCCUCGUCUUUGAGCCUGCAAGGCUGUGUCAAAUCCUUGAUAUUUAAGCUGCAUCUGACUUUCUCUCAGGACACCAGCUGGAGAGAACGUUAGCUUGAAACAGUUUGUGGUCCAGCAGCCCCACCUGGGCACCCCUCGUGUCUAUGGUUAGGCAGUCAUGACACUCUGAAUUAGUGUUUGGUCAUCUUAGAAUCGCGUCUACCAUAUAUUGAGACCACUGUUUUAAAUCAG